AUGUUUACGGACGAAGCCCAAGUGUCAGUGAAUAUCCCGUCAUCCUGGAGAAAAUCUCAGCAGGCGGCGCAGGAGUCGAGAGGCUGCCAAACCAGAUCCAUUCAAAGUGCUGAAGCAGGUGUACAGACUCGUUCUAGUGUCAUCAGCAGUACUCAGACAGAGCCCCAAGAUCAUGUGACAACAGAAUACCUUCAAAACCCCCAAAAUGCGCUCAAUUGUCCUCGCUUGCGGGAGUUCCUACAGAAGGUUGAAGGCCCAGUCAUCCGUGAGUUGGUCAGAAACUCCAAAAGUCAUGCUUUUGAUGGCUUUCAUGUGAACUGGGAAGAACACAAUCAGAAGGUUUUGUGCCUUCACCAACUUCAACAUCCCAGGGCCCUCGAGCGAGAUCUUCAUGUAACAAGCGUUUCUUGGAGUUGUACUGGUGCCGUAAUAGCCUGUGCAUACGGCCGGAUGGCAGAAGGUGAUUGGAGCAAUGACAAAUCAUACGUGUGCACGUGGAACCUAGACCAUAGCGGUCUGAAGCCCAAACAAGCUGAUCUAGUAAUUGACGUUCCAACUGCAGUAACAUCUCUAUGUUGUCACCCGAAGCACCCCGCUCUCAUGGCAGGUGGUUUGUUCACCGGUGAAGUGGUGAUUUGGGACACCAGACAGUCUACAGAUCCAGUACUGGCACAAACUGGCAUGUCUGCGGACAGCCAUAGAGAACUUGUAUGUCAGGUUACCUGGGUACCCCUGCAGAAUAAAGGAGAGUAUGAUGUGUUAAGUGCAUGUUCUGGAGGAAGGAUUCUACUGUGGACCGUUAGUGUGGACCAAGGAAAAAUUUCCCUGAAAGCUGCCUUUGCACUCGUGCAACAGCAACUUCUUUCCAGUAGCAUCAGCUUCAAGGGUGAAGGCAGCAGCACUGUGGGUGUCACCUCCUUGGAUCUGUCUCCAUGGGACCCAGACACGUUUUUAGUGGGCUCCGAGGGCGGUCUUCUGCUUAGAUGCUCUCUCUCCUCACAUACACUAGCUGCGGUCCCGUCUGAAUGUCUGAGUGUGCCACUGCGAGCGCCGGCCGUCUUUGCUUUUAGGCCUAGUGGGGGCCCUGUCCACUCCAUACAUUGCUCACCUUUUCACAGGAACCUGUUUUUGAGUGCGGGAACCGAUGGCUUGGCUCACCUCCAUUCUUUGCUGCAGACCAACCCACUGCGCUCCCUUCGAGUGUCGGAAACUUACGUUUUUAAAGUGCAAUGGUCUCCAACCAGGCCAUUGCUUUUUGCCACAGCCACAGGACAAGGUGAGGUGCAAAUAUUUGAUCUGAGCCGCAGGUCCCCGAGACCAGCGGCCACCAUCGACCCAGGAGGCGUCGGCCAGGCUGCGACCUGUUUGGCCUUCAACUGUAAAAACCCUGGCCUUCUUGCAGUUGGGAAAACCGAUGGGACAGUUGGUGUUUGGAAGCUUAGCACUGACUUGACAGAGCAGUUCCCCACAGAAAGCCAACUCCUGGAGCAGAUAACCAAUCAAGUCACAGAAUGA